CUACCUCUCAGAAUCGUUCACUUCUCUUCACGAAUAACGACGGCAUAUAUCACGGCUGCGUGGUUCAGCAACUCUAACAAUCGGCAAGUCUUCUUCACAAGCGUUUGAGGAUCUUUUAAGAACAUUCAGUUCAUAAAUUGUUGGAUAUUUCCAGAUUUAUGUAUUUGAUGCUGAGCCCAAGCAGUUUUCUUCACAACGGUCCCAUCCAUCAAGUUGGUUUUACUUCAGCCUUUUGUUCCAACCGAAGUUCUCUACUUCAGUUUGGAGCAUACAGGAACUUCAGCAGCGUCUCUUUCCCUUCAUGUUCGAUGACUAACCAACAAAAUGUUCGGAGCAUGACUUGUUGCGCAUCAUCGGAAAACGAUGUUUCACACAGGAAGGAGAAUACACCAGAUCAUGGACUGUCUGAAAAAAUUGUCGGUGUUUUGGGUGGAGGACAGUUAGGGCGCAUGCUUUGCCAAGCUGCUUCCCAAAUGGCUAUUAAAGUCAAUAUUUUGGAUCCUAUGAAGAACUGCCCUGCAAGUUCCAUAUGCCACCAUCAUAUGGUGGGAAGCUAUGAUGAUAGCACCACAGUCGAAGAAUUUGCUAAGAGGUGUGGAAUAUUGACGGUUGAAAUUGAGCAUGUUGAUGCUGACACUUUGGAGAAGCUUGAAAAACAAGGGGUAGAUUGCCAGCCUAAAGCUUCUACCAUUCGCAUUAUCCAGGAUAAGUUUCUUCAAAAAGUCCAUUUUUCUCGACAUGGCAUUCCGCUUCCCAAGUUUAUGCAGAUAGACGACCAAGAAAGUGCCAAAAGAGCAGGUCACCAAUUUGGAUAUCCUCUUAUGGUAAAGAGUAGAAGGCUGGCCUAUGAUGGUCGUGGUAAUGCUGUUGCUAAAAGUGAAGAGGAGCUCACUUCUGCAAUAAAUGCUCUAGGAGGAUAUGGUCAUGGUUUAUAUGCUGAGCAAUGGGCUCCUUUUGUUAAGGAGCUUGCGGUCAUUGUUGCAAGAGGAAGAGAUGAUUCUAUAUUAUGCUAUCCUGUUGUUGAGACUGUUCAUAGGGAAAACAUCUGUCACAUUGUUAAGGCACCUGCUAAUGAUUCAUGGAAGAUUAUGAAACUUGCAACUGAUAUUGCUUCCCGAGCUGUGGCUUCAUUGGAAGGUGCUGGUGUAUUUGCAGUUGAGCUGUUCUUGACAGAAGAUGGCGAGAUUUUACUAAAUGAAGUUGCUCCUCGACCUCAUAACAGUGGGCACCACACCAUUGAGGCUUGCUAUACAUCGCAAUAUGAGCAGCAUUUGCGGGCAGUCGUUGGUCUUCCUCUUGGUGAUCCGUCAAUGAAGGCUCCGGCUGCCAUAAUGUACAACAUUCUAGGUGAAGAUGAGGGAGAACCGGGUUUCAUUAUGGCACAUCAGCUUAUUAGCAGGGCAUUGUGUACUCCAGGAGCAUCCAUUCAUUGGUAUGAUAAGCCAGAUAUGCGAAAGCAACGGAAGAUGGGGCAUAUCACAGUUGUUGGCCCUUCAAUGGGGAUCGUGGAAACACGGGUGAAAUCAUUUUUAAAAGAAAAAGCAGAUGAGAGUCCAGUCGCUCCACGUGUUGGAAUCAUAAUGGGUUCUGAUUCAGAUCUUCCUGUGAUGAAAGAAGCUGCUAAAGUUUUGGAAGAGUUUGACGUAUCUGUUGAGGUUCGAAUAGUAUCUGCACACCGGACACCUGAACUGAUGUUUUCAUAUGCUACAUCUGCUCGAGGGCGAGGCAUCCAGGUUAUUAUUGCCGGUGCUGGGGGUGCUGCCCAUCUUCCAGGCAUGGUAGCUGCACUGACACCAUUACCCGUGAUUGGAGUUCCUGUACGUGCUUCUGCAUUGGAUGGGCUUGACUCCCUUCUCUCAAUCGUACAGAUGCCUAGAGGUGUUCCUGUUGCGACAGUUGCAAUAAACAAUGCCACUAAUGCGGGUUUGUUGGCAGUUAGAAUGUUAGGGGUCACUGAUACUACCCUCCAAGCAAGAAUGAUACAGUUCCAAGAAGAUGCGAGAGAUACAGUAUUAGAGAAGACGGAGAGGCUAGAAAAAGUGGGUUGGGAAGAUUACUUGAAUUCUUGAGAAUCUUGGUAAGAAGCUUCGAAUACAAUUUUGAAUUUCUAGAUUAAUCUUAACCUCAACCUCAACCUGUUUAAUAGAAAGAAAGAAUUCUAUUAGCAAUUGGUUUCUUUCUCAAAUUAUGAGGAUGGUUUUUGUUCACUAAAUAAUAUGGUGGGAGUGUCCCAAGUCCUAUGUUGUUUGUGGAAUUUUCUUCAUUACUUUCUCAUAAAUGUAAAUGUUU